AGGGGCGUUAGGUCGGUACACGGCUGCCGUUUACUGUACAGAGUUGUCUACCCGUCCCCUCUGCGUGGAGGUAACCUGAAUCAUGUUAUUUUGGCACACGCAACCCGAACAUUAUCACCAACAACACCACAACAGCAACGGCCACCUCCCUGAUGUCCUUGCACUGCCUGUUUGUAAACACGAGGAGUCAAAUCCCUCACCAGGAACGGAUGCCAAGAUGCUCCCAUUCCAGUACAGGCUUUGUGCAGCCACCUCUCCUGCUGUCAAACUCCACGAAGAAGCUCUGACCUAUCUCAACCAAGACGCCUCCAUGUCAUUCUGUGACCUAAAAUGUAUCUGAAACUAGAGGUAAAACGCUUUGCUUUGGACAAUCCUUUGAGGUUUAACCCCAAUGAACUUUGAACUGAGUGCACCAAUAUCAUUCCUCUGCAUUGAGCAAUGGUAUCCUGAAGAUUGAAGCGAAUAUUACUUUUGGACUUCUCUGCAUUUGAACCCACUUGUAACUUGCGCAGAGUUGCAUUGCCCCUACGCUACCCUUGAUGCACAUGGCAACAGCUGACAUUACCUUGGAGGGUAACCUCAGUGAAAUUCUUAGACAAGGAGGAGCUGAAACUAAAAAAUUGUUGCGUGAAAUGCGGGCUGAUUAACGAGGUAGCGAGCUUCAGGCACCGUAGAUCCAACAAAUGAAGACUGCAGAGGUUCCAGAAAUCUGGGAGCAGCCAACCCUUCCUGAAGUGAAUAAAGAAUUAUGCAGGAGGAUGAAAAGAAGCUGCAUUUGUCGGGCAGCUGUAAGAACUCUUGGUUCCAAGACCCCCUCAGUUCGAACAACUACCAAAAGACGUUCUUGUAAAGGGUAAUUGACGAAUUAUGGACUUACUUGAAUUUUGAGGGCCAAUCCUAUGAAAUCAGUAUGGUUGCCAACAAAAAACUGGAAGACUGUCAAGAAAUAAUUGGGAAAUAUGUAAAGAGCAUUAUCCGUGUGGUUUUCCAUGACCGGCGCCUGCAAUACACCGAGCACCAGCAGCUGGAAGGUUGGCGUUGGAAUCGUCCCGGAGAUCGCAUUCUUGGCCUGGACUUGCCUCUGUCGGUUGGCAUCCUGGAACCUCGAACAAAUCCAUUGCAGCUAAAUUGUGUUGAGUUUCUCUGGGAUCCCAUCAAAAGGACUUCUGUCUUUGUUCAGGUCCAUUGCAUCAGUACUGAGUUUACCCCCAGGAAGCAUGGUGGGGAGAAAGGAGUUCCAUUCAUAAUUCAGAUUGACACCUUCAGACAAAAUGAGCAUGGUGAAUAUACAGAGCACCUCCACUCUGCAAGCUGCCAAAUCAAAGUAUUCAAGCCUAAGGGAGCAGAUCGAAAACAGAAAACCGAUCGGGAAAAGAUGGAAAAACGUACAAUCCAAGAGAGAGAAAAGUAUCGACAGUCAUUCGAAAUGACAGUCCUUGCAGAGUGCUCGCCUUGGCCUGAUUCCUGUUACGUUAAUUGUACUUCUUCCAUGGGCUACAGCACUGUGCCUCUCAGCUUAGGUGUCAGUGACAGAAAUUGUUCACCUACAAACCAAGAUGAACUCAUGCCUUUGAGCGCUGAUUACUUUUCGCCUACAGCCUCCAACCAGGACACACAGCACUGGCUGAUCAGAAACCGCUUCUCAGCAUUCUGCCAGUUAUUUGGCAAUUUCUCAGGUGCGGAUAUGUUGAAAAUGACUAAAGAGGACUUGAUUCAGAUCUGUGGUCCUGCUGAUGGAAUCAGACUCUUUAAUACAAUCAAGGGAAGAACUAUCCAUCCAAAACUGACCAUCUAUAUGUGUCAGGAGCAUGAGCAGAAUCGGACAAAUUACCUUCACAAACAACAGAGCCAAGGAGUUGUUGACGCCUCAUACGUAUACCAUCCAAUCUUUUUGGAAGAGCUGACAGCGAUAGAAUUAACUGAGAAAAUAGCAAAAAUGUACAGCAUUUCUCCGCAGCAGAUUAACCAGAUCUACAGACAGGGACCCAGUGGGAUCCACGUGCUUGUCAGUGAUGAGAUGGUUAAAAAUUUCUGCGACGAGGUUUGCUUUGUCAUCUGCAUCUUAAAAGCUGAGCAAAGUGAUGGAUACCACAUCAUCUUGAAGUGAACAAGGUUGGAUAAUUCCUCAACCACCUGGAGGCAGAUUCAGAUUACACAUUGGACAUCCUUGUAUUAAAUAUGGAAAACUAUUUGAAAAACAGGCAAAAAGAGAAAUAAUUGGUUGUACUGUUUAAAACUGAUGGGCAUCAAAUACUUUCUCAGUUAGGUGUGGGUGGGUAAGACAAGGUUCUGCUUCAUCUUACAUGAGCCAUCUUGCAUGGUAUCAUUUUUAUGAGUUUGUUUAUGGUCUCAACAAUCACCUAUCUCCCCCUCUUCCUUGCUGCAAUGUUUGCAGAUUUCAACAAAAGUAAAAAAUUAAUGCUAAAAAAUAAUUGCUGACAUUCCAACAUCCCAUUUAAUCAAAGUGGACCUUGGCUUUUUGAAUGGUCUCGAUAAAUGAGGUGCUUUUGUAGCUCCAAAAGGGUUGUAAUUUUGUAUAUAUCCAUGUUCUGCGGUUUAAAUAGAUUUUAUUUUUUCGCCUGGUGAUAAUAAAGUCCGGAACUGGACCCUGGAGUUCUACAAUGUCCUAACUGAGUUGGAUAUGGAGCUGAGUGAGGCAUUUUUAGCCAUCCAUUUACUUUCAUGAUGCAGGAUAUUUCUGUCUUUUCUAUUCCUUUAGGAAGCGAUUUGUGACAAUGCGCCCAACCUAUAUUAUGCUCCUAAGGUUUGUGAUCAUAAGUAUUUUUUUCCAAAUUAAAAAACAUAAUGAAACACUUGAAAUUCAAUUUGCUUUCUGGUGUUGUCAUGGAGCAAGGUGUGAUAACAUGCAAUUCACUUUAACCCACAUUUUGUUUUAAUGCCUAAAGAUUAUAAUUGUUUUUCUUGCUGAAUCUGUUGCAUGUUGGUUCAAGCACUUCAUUUUGUCUGCUACUGAAUAAACAAAGAAAAAUGGCUGGAAAAGAUUAAAAAGAUAGAUUUCUAUUUUUCGGGCUGGGGGAAGAGGGAGUGAGUAUGCAAAUGCUGAAUAAAUAGAAUUUUAUAAGUAAUUAAGUGCUACUAAUGUGUGCACUUAUGUAACCUGCUUAUGAGAGAAACCGGCUAGUUAACUUCCUUUCAACCAUUGUCCUGGGCUGGUGGUUUUGUAGCUUUGUCCCACUGUGGUGGCUAGUGUAUUGAAGGAAUGAAGGAUGGGGAAAGUUCAGGAUGGAGGAAAGGACUUCCCUCUUUUAAAAGCAUGUUCUUAAGGGAGUAAAAUUUUAAAAAAUGGUAUCAGAAGUACCUUUUCCCUGCCAAUACUGUGCCAGCAUUUAGAUGUGCAGGAAGGAACUGUAGAUGCUGGUUUACACCGAAGAUGGACACAAGAUGCUGGAGUAACUCAGCGGGACAGGCAGCAUCUCUGGAUAGAAGGAAUGGGUGACAUUUCAGGUCGAGACACUUCUUCAGACUGUCAAACGGGAGUGAGAAACUAGACUAGUGGUAUGGAAAGGUGUGAAGACGACAGUUUAAACCAGACAAUCGAUGAAAUGUAGAAUAGUUCAGCAUUAGCAGGGGGAGCCCUCCACGUCCCUCCCCCCAGAUUGUCACAUUUUAUCCUUUCAUAUCUCUAGUUUCCCUUCUCCCCUCACUCUCAAUGUCUAUCUCAAGCAUUUAGAUGGAUUGCUGAAUUUCUGCAGAUUCUGACCAAUCCAUCCGCUCAAUUUCCACGAACUCUGAAUGUUCUCUAGAUGCUUGAGAGUGCUGUGGAUGGCAUACACCAGUGAUUUAAACAGGACAUUCUGGAGAUACUCAGCAAGUCAGGCAGUAAGUCUGGAGAGAGAGACUAAGUUGAUGUUUUGGGUUGCAAGAACUCUAGAGGAUGCAUAAUCAGAUUGGCCAUUCAAUGAGUCUAGCUUCACGGUUGUCCAUUCUAAGUGAAUAGAACAGUUAUCCCAGCUUGGAAUGAAGCAUGGCUUAGAGGGUUUGCUUCAGAUGGACAUUGCAUGUAUGGAUGGUUAUGUUUGAGGAUGAACGUGUAGAAUCUGAUUCAUGUUCUGUAGUUCAAUCAAUUAAAUCUUCUUCAGAUAUGGAAGAUCUCAUCAGAUUCAAAAGAGAUAGGAGCAGAAUUAAGCAAUUCGGCCCAUCAAGUCUACCCUGCCAUUCAAUCAUGGCUUAUCUAUCUCUUUUGGUUCCAAUUAAAAUUAAGCUGUAACUACUGACUUCAGACUGUGGUAAUGAGUAACGUUUUGUCAAAUAUUGCAUGAUCUUUCGAUUAAGAAAAGGAUGGAUUAAAAAAAAAAAAAAAGUAAUCCUUCAAAUUCUACAUGAAGCUGUUCUACACAGUGUAGUUGUAAAUUUCCUAUUUACAGAUGCCUGUAGGAUCUGAUUUUCUGUUAAACUGACCAGGCAUUACUAUUAAUGUUGCCUUCCACAAUACUGCUUUGCUGUAGUGUUAUGAGUAUGACCUUUGUACGAAAGAAUGCAAGGCAGUAAAGCUUCAAGCCAACUUUUAAUUUUGUUGUAUUUGUAUUGUUUUCAGCUCGGAAUGCGUGUUGUAUUUUUGUGUGUCAGUUUUAAGCUGUGGCAUUAUUGUUUUCAAAUGUUUUAGUACCAAUGAAAUGUAGCAAACUUAAAUACUGUAAUAGUCUUAAUGACAGGUGAGGUUACCACCGUUUAUGGAUUUUCAACAUGCCUUCAAGGACAUCUCGGUGUUGGGUGAAUAAGCACACUAAUGUUUAACUUUGGAAGGAUUACAAAGGUUAAAGGAGGGGUUGGGGGGGGGGGGGGGGGGGUUGGUUUAAGAACAUGUGUAGUUCAAUAAUAAUGAACAUUUUUACUUUUUUUUAAUAUGAAAGCAUCUUUGCACUUACUAUUGUACACCAGCUCAAAUCGAAAAGAGAUCUGUACUUGCAGGUCUGCACAUGAGUCAAAUAAACACAAAUUUUAUACCAUGA